AUGUUCACGAUCACGGUUAAGAAGCACUUGUCUGAAAAGCUUUCCCCGAUGUUCACAAUGCUCAAUAGGUUGGAAGGUGUUUUGGAGUCGAUAUCAAUUCUAAAAGAAGGAGGAGAAAAUUUAAAGCAAUAUAAGAAGGGAAACCCCAAUGGAACUGACAAGCCCACUAUUAAGCCAAAGAAAGAAAAUGAACCAAAGGAUAAUGUAGCUUCAGAUUCGAAAGGAAAAGAGAAUUUUAAUGAAGAACCAAUCAUUGACAACAACGAAGUAGAAGAGCCAGAUGAGCACUAG